UGUCAUCUGUGGGUUAUGAAUCAGUAAACGUUAUUACAAGUGUAAUGUACUUAUUUUCAUAUCAAUUUGUAUCAAUAUUCAAUACGCAAAAUGUAUUCUAGAGCACCUACUAGAAAGCAGCUGAGGAAAGAGAAACGUCUGCAGAAAAAGGCUAGAAAAAAUGAAUAUUUCAGUAGAAGUAAACAUCGUAAACCACAACAGCCUGAAAAGCCGGUUCAGAACGAAAAACCUGCCAAAAAUGUUGAAAAUAAACCUCCACAAAAAGCAGAAAAGACGAAAAACAAAAAGGACUCCAUGAAUGAAUUUGAGAGAGAACGUAAAAAAGAAAUGCAAGAAUUAGAAACUUUGAAGAAACAAAUGGCAGGUCAGCGAAAGAAGCAAUUAUUAAUGGCUAAUGAAGAGGAGGAUCGAAACAUUAAGAUGUUAGAGAAAAGGCUCAAGUUGAAUAAGAAAAAAUCGAAAGGAUUGCCUAAAAUGUUUGUCGAAAGUGGUUUAGAUUAUAUACUUGAAAUGUGUGACCCAGAACAAAUGAAGGAAAUCUCUGAGGCCGAGAAACAAUUCAUGAAUUUGGAUGAUGAGUUUGCAGAGGAUCUGGAAUUAAUUACAGGAAAAAAAAACAAAACACAAAAAGCAAAAAAAUCUAGUAAUAAACAAUUAUCUGAAGAUGAUAGCAUGAGUGACGAUGCUUCUGAUGAUGACGAAAAUUCAAUGGAGGAAGAAGAUAUGUCUGAUAUAGAUGAAGAAUUUUCUGAUGAUGCACAGUCAGAUAGUGGUCCUGUAAAAAGAAAGAGAAAUUCCAAUAAAACAGAAAAAGGAAAUAAAAAACUUAAACUUGAAGGAGAAAUGGAAGAUGAAGAAAGUGAUUUCGAAGGAGAAAUGGAAGAUGAAGAAAUUGAUGAACAGUCUUCAAAGAAGAAUAAAAGCAAACAAGAGAAAGGAAAAGGACCAUUACCAAAGAAUGAUAUUGAUAGUGACCUUGAUGAAUUGGAAGAUGAUGAAGAUAAUGAAGAUCAAGCAAGUAAACCUAAAAUUAAAGGUGCUGCCAAAGUAAAUUCAGAUGGAACCUGGGAAGAUAUUUAUGGCAAAUUACAUGCUAAAGAUGGAUCGUUGAUAAAUAAAUCUGAACAGAAAUAUAUACCACCAGCGCUUAGAGCAAAAAUGGCUCAGGCAAAUGGAGAAGAUAAAAAAACAUUGGAAAAGUUGAAUAGGUUAAAGAAACAGCUCAAAGGAUUGUUGAACAGAUUGGCCUUGAGUAAUUUGCAUAAUAUUGCCAAACAAGUUGAAAAUCUUUACAUGGGCAACAGCAGAAAUGAUAUGAAUGAAACUUUAGGAGCCCUCAUCACUGAAUCAGUUGUAUCCCAAGUGUUAACCCCGGAACGUCUACUUAUGGAGCACAUUUUGCUUGUAGCCAUUCUUCACGCCAAUAUUGGAACGGAAGUUGGUGCCCAUUUUCUCCAGCUCUUUGUUUCAAUGUUCAAUGAAAAAAUGAAGAAUGUGACCGAAGUACAGGAUAAAACACUAGAUAACAUCGUAAUUGCUCUUGCACAACUGUACAAUUUCAAGGUUUUCGACUGCAAAUUGAUGCACGAAAUAAUGAAUGAACUCAGCAAAGAGUUUACAGAGAAAAACGUUGACUGUAUUCUACACAUUCUAAGAAACAUUGGAUUCGUUUUGAGAAAAGACGACCCCUUAGCUUUGAAAAAUUACAUUUUAGAAACAAACAAGAAGGCAGCAUCCGUUAAUGUUGUUAAGGGGUCGAGACUGAGGUUUAUGUUGGACGUAUUGAGUGCUGUCAAGAACAACAACAUGUUAAAAAUACCCAACUACGAUGACAGCUAUUCUGAACACUUGAAAAAAAUUUCGAAGAACUUCAUCCGAAAAGGGAACGAUGUCACACAACUGAAUAUCAGCUUAGAAGAUCUACUGAAAGCCGAGGAGAAAGGAAAAUGGUGGGUUGUAGGAUCUGCUUGGGUCGGAAAUUCGGAAAAUCUAGAGAAAACGAAAAGCAAUAAACAUAAAUUUUCCGAAGAACUGCUCGAACUGGCUAGGAAGAUGAAAAUGAACACAGACACCAGAAGGGAUAUAUUCUGUAUGAUUGUGUCGGCAGAUGAUUAUGAGGAUGCUUUUGAGAAAUUGAUGCAUUUGGGUUUGUCUAAGAGUCAAGAAAGAGAAAUUAUUAAUGUUAUUUUGCACCUUUGCACGAGGGAAAAUCCUUACAAUCCUUUUUACGCUUACUUGGCACAGGAGUUCUGCGAGCAUGAUAGAAAGCAUAUGCUAACUCUGAAAUUCGCGAUUUGGGAUAAAUUGAAGGAAAUAGAUAAACAGAGACCAACUUGUAUCAAUGCACUGGUAGGACUUCUGACACAUCUGUUCUUGAAUAAAGCACUACCCAUCUCAACCUUGAAGGUGAUCGAAUUUAAACAAAUGGAUGAUACAACAACAAGGUUCUUGAGGCAAAUUUUCUUGGGUAUCUUGAACCAUAAUGACACCGAAGCCUGCCUUGAUGUUUUCAAGAAUGUGGCACAGUCUGCUGAACUUAAAAUGUUCAGAGCAAGCUUAAGACUAUUCCUUCAAAUUUAUGUACGUAAUAAUUUGAAAUCGGAACAAAUUGAUGAGGAACAAAGAGAAAUGUUGAAAUCAAGAUCGAAGAUGAUAGAAAGACUUCUAUUACUUAAGGAUACCAUGUUUUUGUAAAUUUUAUAUGUAAAAAUGUAUGUACAUAGGAUUUUCAAUAAAAUGUUGUAUUGUU